AUGGCUCAAACCAUCUCGUUCCAACCUUCUCACCCUCUCAACUUCUACUGUCCUUCUUCGCCCGACCCUACUCCUCUUCGAUUACUAGCUUUCUCAGUUGCCGAGGCAGCUCUUCAACCCGAUCCCAACUCUCCUUCAUUCAACAUGGCCAUGGGUAAGAUGCCUACCCCGCUCGAAAUGGAAGGUUGGUCUGAUCAACCUUCAGUCAAACCUUGGGAAAGACGCGUAUCUCAACCCCAGACUCAAGCUCGGAAAUCUCUUUGGGAUGUUGUCGAGCGUGCGAAGGGAAGACGGGUUCAAGAGAAACCUUCGCCAGCUUCCACCGAAUCAACUCUUCCUCAAAGCCCACCUGUCUCGCCCUCAUCGUACAACUUUGUGCUCCCUCCUAACUCACCUCUCGCUGCGUCAGUAGCAGCCGGUAACUCGCCCUCGAAGAAAUCCGAGCCAUCCUCAUCAAUGCCACGAACCGAUUAUUUCCCCUUGUUCACUCAGUCCGCUCAUCCAUCUCCUUCUAAGACUACUUUUUCAGGAUUGGAUCAAAGUCGACCACCACCUGAGUUCGUCCCUCGACUAUCUGCUGUUGAAUUCUCAGCCAAAUCCAAGAAGACUUCUUCAGUCGCUGCCAAGCAUGGUAGGACCAAGUCCGAUAUUGGCUCCGGAUCGCCUUCCAGUGAUUCUUCCGAGAUCACCGCUGAGGAGAAAGCCAAAGCUAGAUCGAAGUUACCCAGUGUGCCUUCCAGAUUGCCCAGUCUCGCUCAGAUCCAAGCUAGAAUCUCUACCGAUCACAAGCGAUGUUCUUCAGCUGGAUCACCUAACAGAAUUAGGACAGUCUCAAGAACUGAUUCUCAAGAAUCCAUCGAAGUGAUCAAGACUCCCACAGAGGAAUCACCAAGACGUGAAGCUCGAAUCGUCCUCGCGUCCAUCCUGAGCAACAGGAGACCUGCGACUCCUCCUACGGAACCUUUGACUACUCCCGUCAAAGAACCUAGAUUGGCCCCUUUUCUCAGAGAACGAACUACCGGAAGAUUAUCUGGAUCGGGACCGGGCGGUAAAGCCAGACCGAUGUCGAUGCCACCAAUGUCUCUAGGUGAAUUACCUUCUUUCGAAGCUAUCGCAGCUACUUUCAACUCUUCCAAGUCUAAGCCAUCCUUGAGAGUUACCCCUCCCAAAGAGCGAUCGACCUCUUUCACCUCUGGCACUGGUGCUGGGAACGUCCCUUCACCUACUAAAGGUGCUUUCUCCAGGUUCAGUGCGAACGGCAUGAUUACUCCAACAGAAUCGAGAUUCAGAAUCAACUCUUUGGACUCUUACUGUACACCUACCAAGCAACCUUCUCCUUCACCCAGAAGAGCCUUCAGUUCACCUUCGCCCGCCUCCCCUACCGAAAGUAUCAGAUCGUCCUUCUCCAACCUUAGUGGAAGUCCAUCUUUGUCCGUACCUAUGAUCACAUGUACACCUGCACCUCAAACUAUCCUGAAGAACGGUGUUGAACAAGAUUCGGAUGAAGAAGGUGAAGGUGAUGUGGUCUUGUUUGAAGGUGAUUCAUACGAUAAUGAUGUGGAAUCUGAUUUCGGAUCAGAAGCUGAUGCUGGAGCUGCGAGUGAACAAGAGGAAGAGAUGAAAGAGAGAGAGAAAAGAGCAGAGGCAAUGAAGAAGAGAUUGAUGUUGAGAAGACGAUCUGACUGA